GUCUGCAGAGGGGAGGGGGACGGUGGGCCCCCUAGUCAGCCUCGAGGGGGCGGCGGGACCCCCUCUCCAGUCGUCCCCGUUAGGGGCGGCGGGACCUCCAGGUCUGCCCCUCGGGAAUGACGGACCCCCGUCCCUUUCAGUCCCAGUCGGCCGGUCGGGCCAGCAGGGCCCCUUCUCCGGUCGGCCUCGCCGGUGCGGGGUGGGGGCUGGCCCCCUAGGCCGGCCUCUCGGGAGCGGCGGGCCCCCCCGGGUCAGAUCCCCGGGAGCGGCGGGCCCCCUGGGUCGGCGGCCGGGGCGGGUGGGGGCCGCCGCCUGACUGGGCCGCGUCGUUGCAGGUGUGCGGUUCCCGCCGGAUCCCCCUCGCGCCGGGUGCGGGGCGAUGCCCGGGCCCGGGUGCCCCCAGUGGACAUGGAAGAGGCCCCUCUGCUGGGCGGCAUGUGCAGCCCCGAGGACGAGAUGGUGACAGACCUUUUCAGCGCCGAGAGUCAGUUUGUUCCUGAAAACCUUCCCCUGAAAACCCCGGUGCCGGUGAAACACGAGGCAGACGAGUUCCACGUCUUCAAAGACGCGUGCCUGGGCUCCGCGGACCCCAAAGAGCCCCCGCUGCACGCCUUCAACGCCCCGCUCGACGGGGACUGCAAGGGCAAAGUCAAAGUGGAGCUGCUGGUGGAUGAGAACGGAGAUGAGGAAACGCGCGGGGAGUUCCCGAGUCUUCCCAAGCUCAAUCCCCUGGAAGACGCCGUUCUUCCCGCCGCCCAGCAGCCGCAAGCCUACAACCUCUACUUCCUGUCCUCCCUGCUGACCCCGCACAGGAGUCCUGCCGUCGGGCCCCUGGGCACGUGGGCCAGGGAAGGAGCCGCCCACCCCGGCGUCCGCGUGAUUCCAGUUGAAAUCAAGGAAGCAGGUGGUACUAUCGCAAGUAACAAUCUGGAGGAAGCAACUUUUCAGAGCCUUCCGGCCCAGGAGUCCUGUUGCAAGUUCCCAACAGCACAAGAAGCAGAGGAUGCCUCUGGCUGCUCUCAUAAGAAAGACUCUAACCCAAUGGUGAUAUAUCAGUUGAAAGGGGGUACACAAGUGCUGUGUAUAGACAAUUGUGGCACAAGAGAACUAAAAGCACUUCAUUUGGUUCCUCAGUAUCAAGACCAAAAUAAUUAUCUACAGUCAGAUGUCCCUAAACCCAUGACUACUUUAGUAGGAAGAUUUUUGCCAGUACCAGCAAAUUUAAAUCUCAUUACACAACAACUUGAUAAUGGAGCCUUACCAUCCGUAGUCAACGGGUCUGCUUUCCCUUUGGGAUCAACUCCUCCAGGACCACCAAAAAUGACUUCGGCUAGGUACUGUGAUUGCUUUGCAAGCGGGGACUUUUGCAACAAGUGCAAUUGUAAUAAUUGUUGCAACAAUUUACAUCAUGACAUGGAACGGUUUGAGGCCAUUAAGGCAUGUCUUGAUAGAAAUCCGGAAGCUUUCCAACAAAAAAUUGGGAAAGGACAAUUGGGAGACGUUAAGCCUCGACACAGCAAAGGAUGUAAUUGCAAGAAGUCAGGCUGCCUUAAGAAUUACUGUGAAUGCUUUGAGGCCAAAAUUAUGUGUUCUUCUAUUUGCAAAUGCAUCGAUUGCAAAAAUUAUGAAGAAAGCCCAGAACGAAAAACACUAAUGAACAUGCCAAACUAUAUGGAAAUCGGAGGUUUUGAAGGCGGCCAUCAUUUGUCAACAACUAAAUUUUCAGGACUACCAAAAUUCAGAAAAGAUAGGCAGUCAUCCUCAUGCAUCUCCUGGGAGGUGGUGGAAGCCACGUGCGCCUGCCUGCUGGCUCAGGGCGAAGAGGCCGAGAAGGAGCACUGCUCUGAGAGCUUGGCAGAGCAGAUGAUCUUAGAGGAAUUCGGGAGAUGCUUGUCGCAGAUUCUCCAUAUUGAGUUUAAAUCCAAAGGGUUGAAAAUUGAGUCAAGUACAACGUGGUGAAAUGUGCAUGCAUGUAGAUUUUGUCUCCAUAUUCUGCAGGGAAACUCGUUUAGAAAAGUUGUUUUAAGGACCAUGAGGCCAGGUCUACACCAACAGCUUCAUCAUUAAAAUCAAGCUUUCCCUCUGCAUCAGGGCACCAAGGGGUUACUCAGAGUCUCUGAGGGAUUUGGCGAUUAAAACCCUCCCUCCGUUUUUGAGGAGGUGCAUGACAUAACUGCUGUUGUCUGGACCCGAGGAGAGAGCAUGUGUUCCUGUGAUCCCGGGAGAAUUGUCUGCACUGACACUGAGUCAUGGAGGGUGGAAGCAGGCCCUGGAGAGAAGUAAAAGUCAUUCCUAUUGACUUCACCCUCUCCCGGGAAUUUCUUCCUCUGGCGGGUUCUCUGCAUAAAAAGCCAUAAUGAUUUUCCCCUAAAUUGUUUAGAAACAAAUUCUCCAGAUAGGCUGCUAAGAUACAACCUAAAAUCUGUAGAGAACUACUGAAUACCUUGGAGAAUUUCUGAGUGUAGAUGUUUCCCCAGAGUCACAGGAAUUACCAGUCUCCUCUAGGGCCACAGUGAAAUGCAGACAGCAGGGUUGGUUUGGUCAGUAGCAUUUUGAGUUGUGGGACUGAAAAUUAUCUAGUUUCUUAUGUGUUUCCAUUUAAAUUGUGGAAAAGCUCUAUUAUCCAAUUAACUUCUCCAUAAUUAUUGUUAUAAUAUUAUUAUUGUUUGUAAAGUAACUAGUUUGCAGAAAUCAGCAGGUAAUAUAAGUUAUUAAGUUGACUCUCUUUUGGUUCUAUUGUAAAAGCAAAGAGGAAUAAAAUUUUGACAUGUCUUCCAUUGUUGUGAUUAACUUAGUAGUGGAAAAAUAUACUCGUUAUGUUUCUGUGUUCAUUAAUAGUAUUGGCUCCUUGGAGAAUGUUUAGAAAGCUCAUUUACAAACACACCACUAAAAGAAGUGGGGUCAUAGGGCCUGGCCACUAGGCACAUCAGUAAGCCAGGAGCCAAGGAGCAAGCUGAUGAUUUGUAGAGUUGUGUUUGGAACAGCCUAGCUCUGAUGGGGAACCAAAGCGGGGAAAAGAAAUUCUUAAUUCUUCUCUGUUUCAACGCCUUUGUGACCCCUUGGGAUCUGGGUUCUGUGGCAGAAAGCCGGAGGUAGAGACAAGCAUUGUAGGAUGGCGGAGUUCUCCAUGAGCAGUGUUCCCUGUUGCUCUGCGUGCUUUCAGUCCCAUCAACAUCUCGAGACAGAGCAGGGAGGGCAUGCUGUGGAGGAGCCCACCUAGCCCACUUCACCCUUGGGGGCUGGAGGGGACUUGGAAAUGGGGGGCUUUGUGACUCCUUCUGGGAGGGCUGCCCUCCUUUCCACGUCCCUCUUGGCAGUGCUGCCAACUGCAAUAUCUGCCGACCACAUACAAUUUAGAAUUUUCUAGCAGCCAUAUAUGAAAAAAGUAAAAAAGGAACAGGUGAAAUCAGUUUAAUAAUCUUUUAUUUAACCCCAUAUAUCCCCAACACUAUCAUUUCAACGUAUAAUCAAAAUAAAAAUGAUUGAGAUAGUUCGCAUUCUUUGUAUGUACCAAAUAUUUGAAAUCCAGUGUGUAUUUUACACUUGUAGCACAUUCCAAUUUGCAUCAGGCACAUUGUAAGUGCCCAGGAGCUGCACGGUGCAGGUGUGGA